CAUGUUCAGUUCAAUGUCAGCCCGGUGCAUUUGCAAAAAAUGAUGCAUUUCCUCUGUUUCGAGGUUGGAAAACCCUUCCGUUCUUGCAGCAAUCGCUGAGCCGGCAAGACCGCAGCUCCGCUUCCUGUGUGUACAUGAUUUGGGCCUAGCAAUAUAUACAUACAUACAUACAUAUAUACAUAUAUAAGAUAGGCAAAAUAUAUAUAAACAUCAUAGGGAGCAAGAUUUUGGUCCAAGAUCCAAGUUUGGUUUUGUUCCAACCGUUUGUUGUUGUGUGCCUCUCUUUUUCUGUACUUUCUAAAAGGUAACCCACAAAACACAAAAGCCUCUGCUUUGCAUACUAGCAACUUUUUUUUCUCUUUCGGCUUCCUCAUUGCGUUAUUAUACAUAUAUAUUUGUCGCUUGCCAGAAAUGAAAAGAAGAGGGGUGGAGCGAAAAGUGGAACGCAAGAGGAAAAGAAGACCUCGCGGGUGAGGCUUUCGGGGUGUCGUCUGCUCCCUCCUUCGGAGACAUAAACGUCGCCACAAACUUCCUCCCAGGGAACCGUUUUUGCACUUUGUCAAGAAGAAGAAAAAUUUCCUUUUCGGCUUGGAACAAAGCACCCGUUAUUCGGACGCCUUUGGCACCGUUUUGGACUGCCUUCCUCGUCAUGGCACACCUGCAGUUUAAGGAUGUCUUUUGGUGCAAAGAGUUCACUGUUCACGCCGGAUACGAUGCGCUCCUGCAGCGAUUGCUGGAUGGGCGGAAGAUGUGCAAAGACGUGGAGGACUUAAUCAAACAAAGAGCACAGGCCGAGGAGCGUUAUGGGAAGGAGUUGGUGCAAAUCGCCCGGAAAGCGGGAGGCCAGACGGAAAUCAACACCCUGAAGGCUUCGUUUGAAAUCCUAAAACAACAAAUCGAGAGUGUCGGGAAUCUGCACCUCCAGCUGGCCUUGAUGCUCAAGGAGGAAGUGAAGGCUCUGGAGGAAUUCAGGGAAAGGCAGAAGGAGCAAAGGAAAAAGUAUGAAGGCACAAUGGAACGGGCGCAGAAGAACAAGCUUUCGAUGUAUAAGAAGACCAUGGAGUCUAAGAAGAAUUACGACCAGAAAUGCAAAGAUGCCGACGAAGCCGAAGGAGCCUUUGAAAAGAUCAGUGCCGCCGGAAACCAGAAGCAAACGGAAAAGAGCCAGACCAAAGCGAAGCAAUGCAAAGAAGCCGCCAAUGAAGCAGAAAGAGUCUACAAGCAGAACAUAGAGCUGUUGGAUCAGGCGAGAGUUACUUGGGAGCAGGAACACAUCAGCACGUGCGAGGCCUUCCAACUCCAAGAAUGCGACCGGAUCACCAUCCUGAGGAACUCCUUGUGGGUCCAUUGCAACCAGCUGUCCACGCAGUGCGUCAAGGAUGACGAGUUAUAUGAAGAGGUCCGACUGAGCCUGGAGAAAUGCAAUAUAGACUCGGAUAUGGAUUGCUUUGUUCAGAGCAAGAUGACGGGAACGGAGCCUCCAGCGGCCAUUGGUUACGAAAACUAUUAUGACAGAGCGACGCCUGCCAAUGACAGAGUGACUCCCACGAAAAGCUGCCACAGCCCCAUCCAGGCGUGCGGGAUGAUGAAGAGAUUCUCCGGAUUGCUUCACGGAAACAACCGAAACGUCGCCGAUGUUGUUAUCCCUUCAGCACCCCCCAUCGCUGAGAAACCAGAUGGUGUUUACGCGGCCAUCAAUGUGACCCAUCCGGAAGAAAAUGCCUUGCCUCAGGACUACAAAGUGCUCUAUGACUACACAGCCCAGAAUGAGGAUGAACUAGACAUCCAAGCCGGGGAUAUCGUAACGGUCAUCGAAGUGGGAGAAGACGGCUGGUGGACUGCAGAACUGGAUGAUGAGCAUGGCUUUGUGCCUGGAUCCUAUCUAGAAAAACUUUGAGGAGAGGAAUGCUCUUCGGUGGCUUGCCCCUCCAAAUGAUUUAUGCUCUCCUCCCCUCAACUACAAGCAUUUUAUAAUGUGUCUUCUCAUUCUAUAUACAGUCAUAUGACUUAAUCAAACGAGCCAAAUUUGGUGGCAUACGCCAGUUCCUCUUAAUUUUUUCACGGAACCCACUGACUCCCAUCUCACAACAUAGAAUCAUAGAAUCAAAGAGUUGGAAGAGACCUCUUGGGCCAUCCAGUCCAACCCCCUGCCAAGAAGCAGGAAUAUUGCAUUCAAAUCACCCCUGACAGAUGGCCAUCCAGCCUCUGCUUAAAAGCUUCCAAAGAAGGAGCCUCCACCACACUCCGGGGCAGAGAGUUCCACUUCUGAACGGCUCUCACAGUCAGGAAGUUCUUCCUAAUGUUCAGAUGGAAUCUCCUCUCUUGUAGUUUGAAGCCAUUGUUCCGCGUCCUAGUCUCCAAGGAAGCAGAAAACAAGCUUGCUCCCUCCUCCCUGUGGCUUCCUCUCCCAUAUUUAUACAUGGCUAUCAUAUCUCCUCUCAGCCUUCUCUUCUUCAGGCUAAACAUUCCCAGCUCCUUAAGCCGCUCCUCAUAGGGCUUGUUCUCCAGACCCUUGAUCAUUUUAGUCGCCCUCCUCAUCAACUGGACUUUAGUCUCAGGAUCAGGGGCAUUCUUUAAAGAAGUCCCCUGACCCACUUCUAUUUAUCACAGGAUGCUGAAACUGCACGUGUGUAAUGACAGAAGUCUCUAUAGGUGACGUGCCAAUUUACAACUCAGAACUGGGAAUGGUCUUGAUGUGACAGGUGCAGAAGUGGAGUGAGGUUUGAGAAUGGACCCAGCAGAAUACAGAACAGUCACCAAGUUCCUUUCCUUGAAAGGCUGCACACCAAAGGAGACGUUUGAUGAGAUGAAAGAGGUUUAGGUGAUGAUUCCCCAUCAUAUGAUGUAGUCAGGAACUGGCAUCGUCAAUUCCAAUGUGGUUGGAAACAGCUCCAAUUCCAGGGCAACCCCACUCUGCUCUUGAGGAACACACCAUCCAGCAAGUGGAGGUCACCAUUUUGGAAAAUCGCUACAUAACCAUUCUCCACCUAGCCCAAA